CUCGAUUCCAGCAUCUUGACACCACAAGGUAGCCUGUGUGUCGAGCAAUUGUUGGAAGGGUCGUCAGAUUUAUCAACCGUCGCUUGUCGGUAUCCAUGCUGCUUCUAUGUCCGUGAUACUCGGGUUCGCCCCGCGCUCCUUGCCAGCACGGCUGGCUACAAUCGGAUGUCGUCAUUCCCAGGCGAAGUUGGCUCGACAAUUCCCAAAACGAAGAACAGUCACAACGCAGAGAAGCACAGGAAUCAAAGAUUUUCCUUUAGCUUAUACCUGGCUUACAAGGACCCCGGAUGAAAUUACUCCAGAUGACAUCCUUUCGAGCUUGUCCCCUAUCCCAGGGUCCCUGACCCCGUCAAACUACGUACCCAUCCUCCUUAUCACCCCCACUUUCGCCCAUUGGGUGGAUACGUCUUCUCACGGGUUUCUCGAACAAUGGAUCAACCGUUUCUAUCCCUCCACGAACCUUGAUUCCGCGAAGCCUGUCCACGCCAUUGUCGCCGUGGUUGAUAAGCUACCCGAUCAUCGCGUACAAUAUGGAGAGGCGCUUGACGGGAUAUACACGCCUGAAUCAGAAGGAAUAUCGCUUCUGCUGGUGAAAGCGGAAAAGAUACAGGGGAAGGUCGCUGCGCCUCGUCGAGUUCGGAGUAUGGAAGUUACGGAAUCUAGUCUGGUCUUUGCACUCCAGAAAUCAUCGCAGAGACCCACCCAUGAGAUUGGAUUGCGACUAGCUAACACGAUAUUCGUGAAUGGAAACGAUAACACUCUUUUUGGAACACGCUGGGUCUACACACCUUCGCAUGUAUAUGCCUUGGAGAAAUCGUUCAACCUUUCCAACUGUAAGGUCACCUCGGCGGUAACUUCAGUCCGAGACUCAUUCAACCUCCCGCUGUACCCCGUUGGUCAAAGAAGGAGAGUCAUAUCAAGCAUGGGAAAUAUUCUUCGUCAAUUAGCAAAGCAUACAGAUGGAAAAUCGACUGAACCGAUGCCAGCUUCAUCUGAACUGGAAAAGGAGCUGCCACGCUACAUUGAGGAACACGGUAUUGCUGAUCGGAGGGUUUCCGUUUGGGCCUUGAUUGAGAGCUCUGAAAACGGCUUUCAGGUGGAAACGGACAUUAAUCCUCAAGAGAGUCUUGCCAGAGCUGUUAGGACAGGAGGUAAACUCCAUCGGGUCAUGAGUGGCGGAGGUGGAUGGGGCAAAAAACAAGGCCUCCUAUCGCUGGACCCUGAAACGACUUUUAUCGACACAGAUGGAGGGGACGGACUCUCAGACCUGGAUGGUCUCCUCACUGUUCACGAGGCGCAUCCUGUCUCGGACGUACCCCCACCCCCGCCUGCAUUUUUUGACAUGCCGCAGCUUGAGGAUAGUCUAUCGACUCUAUCUCAAGCUGCAGGACCGGGAGACUAUGUCCAGUUCUUUGUCUCUGUAGAACCCAAUCAUUCUCCGAACCCUCGACCUGGAGACGGGCGCAUUUCAUUCAAUUUCGGCAUUGUCUCUGAUUCUGAGUCCGUUGCUCAGGCUACCGAUCGCACGCAGAAGGACUUGGUUGUCGUCUCUCAGUAUUUUGGGGCGUUAUCGGAGAAAGCUAUUACAUACUUGCAACCCGUAACUGGAGCGGAGACCUCCGGUGUGCAAGAAUCCAGUGCCAAGUUUGAUAUCCCUGGAUGUCGAGUGGCAGUAGUGCUGGAAUGAAGUCGAUGUAUGAUAGAAAUCUAUGUAUCAAUAUGAACCUGUAUAUUUAAACGCCACCUGCCGGCUUGGUCGACCCUACGAAACACGGUUGGGACGUUAUCAUGAAGCGGGUGACCGACAACGGGACGGCGCCAAGCCAAACGUCACCUGACCGCGCAGGUGGUCGGUCAGCCUCUCCGAAGCCUCCAGCGUGUUCGCCUUCAAGCCUCCAUCUCCGUUUCGCUUCCCCAAGCCUAACAUCAUCACAUCGCUGUCGACGCGGCCUGUCCCUGCCCUGCCACUUUUCCUUUCGGCUGUUUCUAUAGUUUUACUCCAUCUUCUAAAGCCGCGAGGUCGCCUUAUCUGUCAAAAUGGCCUCCGA